AUGGUAUCACCAUUUGCCGGUUUAUCAGGUUUAGACAAUAAAAUGUUUAUGAAAAAUUACAAUUGUCUUUCGUGGGAUUUAGUAUAUGAUUUAGAUUUAUCAAAAUGUUUAAUACCAUAUUUUGAUCCAAAUUGUACAGAUAAUGCUGGAGUUGAUAAUGAAUUAUUAGAACAUGAUUUGAUAUUUUUCAAAGCGUUAUAUAAAACAACUAAGACAGUACAAGUUAUCAAUGAAACAAAGUUUACUAAAGCAUUUCCAUCACAUUAUACUCAUAAGAAACCGAUAAAUAAUCUAAAAAAUAUUAGAGUAUAA